AUGGGGAGGACAAAGCAUCAGGUCACAGCCGACGGCCGCUGCAAGCGUGAGCGCAAGAAAGGUGCGGUUAGAGCGGAGGUUGUGGAAACCUGGAAGUGCCGGAAGUGCAAUUUCGCCAACGAUGCUUCUUUGCCCUUCUGUGAGAUGUGUGAUGAGCCCCGAAGAGACGGUGAGGAUCCAGAGAGCGAGGACGAGGACCUUGCAGAAUGGUCUUGCAGCUCGUGUUCCUUUAAGAACAUUGGCCUGCUGCCCUAUUGUGAGGUUUGCGAGGCACCCCGAGGGUCCUCCUCAAACGCGGCUGGGUCUGCAGAAGAGGCCGGACGUGAGUGCCCGCUUUGUUCCUUUCGCAACGCAAGCCAUCGCACUGCCUGCGAGAUGUGCUCGACCCCGAUGCCACCACGAGAGACGCCGGCAUCGGGUAGCAGUGCGUCGCGGCCUCCUGAGCCCCCGGAACCAGAAGAAGAAGCCCCCGCACCUUGCACAGACGAGGAGCGCCGGCUGCUAAUGUCCAUGGGUUGGACUCCGGAAAACGGAGAUGACGAAGAUGGCGGUUUGGAGGACUGGGAGAUACACGCUGCAGAAGAGAAAUUCGUCCGCAACCUGCAAACAAAACCGGAUCGUGAAGGUUUGCGAGAAAGGGCACAAAGAGAAUUUGAAGCCUGGAAAUCCCAGUGA